AUGCCACUAUUUGCCAAGAAAGUUCCCAAGCCCACAAUACCAGCCGAUUCGGUAUUUCACGACAACAACAAUGGUCUAAUGUCAAAUGGUAAAGUACCCCCCAGCCAGCAGCAACAACAACAGAAUGGCAAUUACACUCAAAGGACACCAUCGAUAAGUGAAUCAAAUGUUCAAAAACCCCAAUUAGUAUUCCAUUGCCAGCUGGCCCAUGGCAGUCCCACUGGCCUAAUUACCGGCUUUGCCAGUGUACGAGAAUUGUAUAAGAAAAUUGCCGAAUGUUAUGAUAUACCAGCUGAGGAGAUCUUGUUCUGCACCCUCAACUCCCACAAGGUGGAUAUGACCAAACUGCUGGGUGGUCAAAUUGGUUUGGAUGAUUUCAUUGGUGCCGGUUUUGCAUUUAUCAAACGGAUCAAAGAGGGAUCCAUUAUUGAUCGCAUCGAACACAUUUUAGUGGGAGAUCACAUCGAGAAAUUGAACGGGGAGAGUAUGGUGGGCAAGAGGCAUUACGAAGUGGCCCGUCUGCUGAAAGAAAUCCCUACCGGCUCCUCGUUCACCUUGCGUUUGGUCGAGCCAAUGCGUAGUGGUUUCCAAGGUAUUGGCCCUCGAUCACAAUCCCGCAUGCCUUCCGGUCGUGGUGGCUAUGGCAGCGGUAAGGAAACGUUACGUUUCAAGGCCAACGGCAAUGUGGAGAUUGAAGAGAAAUUCGAUGAUUCAACCCAAGCGGGUAUUGAGGCCAUAAAUAAUCUGCUCGAAUCCUUUAUGGGUAUUAAUGAUGCGGAGUUGGCAACGCAGAUUUGGGAUUUGGGUGCCGACAAAACUAAUUCCAUGGAUUUUGCUGAGGCCAUUGAUAAUUCGGAUUUGGAAUCGUUCGGAUUUACCGAUGAUUUUAUUAUUGAACUGUGGGGUGCUAUAACGGAUGCCAGACGCAAGAAAAGUAAUAAAUAG